CCCCUCUUCCCCCCUCCCCCCCCCCCCCAAAAAAAAAAAACUCCAAAUCCAGAAACCCUAAAAAUACAACAAAGCGAAAGGCUUUAUUGGAUUAGGGUUUUAUGGCAAAAUUUGAUGUCCAAACUCUCAUCAAAGACAAAAGGUUCUGGUUCGCUUCUUUCCUCAUUGCUUGGGCCGCUGCUCUUCAGGGGCAUAUGAUGUGGAUGCAAAGGCAGGACUCUUUCAAGCAAAAAUUCGGUACACCAAAUCAAUCCAAUGAUGAUGAAACAAAAAACAUGUCCCAAAGUUGAAUCCAUUGGUUUGUUUUUAAAUGCUGUUUUGUGAUUUGAUUCGUAGAACAAUGAUGGAUAUUUGGGUUCUAGAGGUUAUUAAGAUUCUUCUUCAGUUGAAUCUUAAAAUACCCAAAAUGAAUCAUCGUCUGUCUGUGAAGAAUAUGCUCAAAAAGUUGAAGGAGGAUUGAUAUCAUAAGCUUAAUAGAUUGUAGUUUUGGAGAUUUGAUUACAUUAUUUAGUGCUAAUAUUCACUGAUUUCUAUGUGGAAUAAUAUUUGAUUCACUGUGAGUGAAUUAGAUCA